AUGUUAGUAGCAACUCUUAUUGCGACAAUCGCUUUCGCGGCUGCAAUAACUGUACCUGGAGGUAACAACCAGGACAAAGGAAUACCAAUAUUCUUGAAAGAUAACACAUUCAUGGUAUUUGUUGUUUCAGAUGCAUUAGCCUUGUUUUCUUCAAUGGCUUCUCUUCUGGUGUUUUUAGCAAUCCUAAAUGCACGAUUCGCGGAAGAAUAUUUUUUCGUGGCGUUACCGGAGAGAUUAAUAUUAGGUUUGGCUUCUUUGUUCAUUGCUGUAGUGACUACAAUGGUAGCAUUUGGUGCAGCUUUGUCUAUGCUGGUGAAGGAGAGAGUUAAAUGGGCUCCAAUUCCUAUUGCUCUUUUGGCUUGUGUGCCAAUUGCUCUAUUUACAAAGCUUCAACUUUCUUUGUUCAUAGAAAUGAUGAAAUCAACUUAUGGAUCUCAAUUCUCAUAUAUAAAAAAAUGA